UACUGCAGCUGGGACUGGAGGCAGCUGCAAAGCGUUAAGGAGCCUCAACGUCUUUCCUUAAAGUGGCUGAUGCUUCCCUCCGUCUCCCGCUCCACUCGGCUCCUCAGCGCCCGCCUUUCUGCAUCCCGUCCUCUGGCUCACUUCAGGACCCACAUGGACCCAGACUCUAACCGGCCCGUUGAAACAACAAUCAGAACCAAACUUACUGAGAGGUUCAAACCCGACUUCUUAGAGGUCCACAAUGAAAGCCACAUGCACGCCGUCCCCCCCGGAUCCGAGUCCCAUUUCCGGGUCCUUGUGGUCAGCUCCCAGUUUGCGGGUCUGCCGCUGAUCCAGCGCCACCGUCUGGUCAAUGAGGCGCUGAAGGAGGAACUGAGCAGCUGCGUUCAUGCCUUGGCCAUCCAGGCAAAGACUCCUGAACAGUGGGGCAUGGACCCCACUCUGGGCAAGAGCCCCCCCUGCAUGGGAGGAUCCAAAGGGGACCACACAGUGGAGGAGAAGCUGAAGGCUGGGCGCGAGUAAAACGGAGCUUCCUUUGGUUCUGGUUCCAAUUAGAGCGGUCCGUCAGUCAGGGUUCUUCAACCAAUCAGGACUCAGAGAAACUUGACAGCAGGCAUUUACGUCGGUUCUGCUUUGCCGUCGCCACGCCGCCUUCCUCCGGCUUAUUGGAGACCGAUCAGAAACCAGCGAGGUCGCAGCGAGGUCGCUACCGCUGGCUACUUUAUUAAACGUAAAAUUAUAGGAAUAA